AUGGUUCUUUUCAAGCGAAAGCUGGUUCGCUUUUUACCUCCAGCCGACAUCAAGGACGACAAUGCAGAGGUUUGGCACAUUCCUCAAACGGGAGAAGUCUUUGGUCAAUAUGAAGACUACUUGGCCAGGAUGGAUUUCUACAAGCAGCGACGUUUUAACUGCCAGAUCAGCGGACAUUCGGGGUUGACCUUCUUCGAAGCUCUGAAGAGCGAGACCGCCGGCGCCGAGGAAGUAGAGCAGGCUUUCCCCGAAGCCCUCAAGGGCCCCGUCCUCCGCCGCGUCCAGUUCCAAACCGUCUCCCGCAUCGAUACGCUCGUCGACAUGGUCUUUGAGGACUUCCGCUCCGACUACUACCCCGGCGAGGCCGUGACCGUCAAGCUCACCAACGGCGAGAGGUUACAAGGAAGCGUUCGCGAGAAGACGCGCUUCGGCCACAAGGUCCUUCCCGACGGCACCAUCAAGCCGCCAAGCACAAAAUACUUUGUCAGCAUCGACGACCGCGAGGAUGCCGAGGCCGUCGUCGACGACAGUCACAUAUUCCGCGAUCGCAAGAUCUUCACCAAGGCUGUUCUGCGGUCUUUCAUCAAGCGGACCGUCACGCGCGAGGCCUGGAAUGGCGCUCCUUGGCUCGUGAACCACGACUACGCCCAGGAAUACCACAUCGACACGCGCAUUCCUGCGCAUCUGCUCUACGACAACAAGCUCCUCGAGAGGAAGAUGCACCAGGCGCAGAAGCGCCGCCUCUUCUGCCCCACGACCCAAAAUGGCCGCCAACGCCAAUUGGAUCUUCACCCUCGGACCUGCCCGUCUGCAAGAGCUCAAGCCCAUGCCCAAAACGCAAAAGGGCAAGCUGCAACACCCACACCAAAACCACUCUGGACAUUACCUCAACGACCCGAAACGACCUGCUCCCGAGGCGGGCGUCUUUCAUGCGCACUCAUCUGGCAACCCCUUUCAGCUCCCGAACUUUCGCCAAAACGACGCCUUGCCGCAUCAUAUGGCAGCCCCCCUACCGCCACCACCUCCACCGCCACCAAAGUAUCCCAUUGA